CAAUUACUUAUAUACGCGCCAGGAGAAUAUUAUUUUGUUGAAAAAUUCAGUUUUUUUCCUUUUUUUAAAGUAAAAUUUUUAACUAAUACUUAUAAAAUUAGAAAAAAUUAUAUAAAUGUUCAUUUUUAAUGCAGUAACAAUAUUUAGAUUGGCUAUAUCAGUUUUCAUCAUGGCACUCAGACACUUUUUGCGGAAUGUACAUAGCGUUUGUCCAGUUGCAAAUAGCACACUGGAGAAGUCAUCAAUAUUCUUGUGUAGAAAAUUAAAAAAUCAAGAAAUUACAUUUUGUCAAAUGUCAUCAUCAUCAUCAUCAAAUAAAAUAAUGGAUAUGGUUGUGCCAAAAGAGGAAGUUCAACGUUUUGUCAGUGAAUGUAUGAAAAAAGCUGGUACAACAUCCGAAGACGCUGAUACAGUUGCUCAUCAUUUGAUGAUUGCUGAUUAUCGUGGACACUUUAGUCAUGGAUUAAAUAGAAUGACAAUGUAUGUUCAUGAAAUUAAUGAGAGAAUUACUGAUCCUACAGCAAAACCGGAAGUUGUCAAUGAUUUUCAGGCCACAGCUCUUGUUUGUGGACACAAUGCAUUGGGUCAGGUGGUCGGUAAAUAUUGUAUGGAAUUGGCAAUCAAUAAAGCAGAGAAAUUUGGAAUAGGAUUAGUAACAGCCAAUGGUUCCAAUCACUAUGGCAUUUGUGGUUACUAUACUAAAAUGGCCAUGAAGAGGAAUAUGAUUGGUUUCACGUGUACCAACACUAGUCCCUUAAUGGCACCAACACGAAGUGCUCGCGCUGGUUUGGGUACAAAUCCCCUAUCAUUAGGAAUGGCAGGUUCAAAUAAUGAAGAAUUUGUCCUUGACAUGGCAACAACUGCAGUAGCAUUGGGAAAAAUUGAAUUGGCAAUGAGAAAAGGUGAUAAGAUUCCCGAUGGUUGGGCAUUGGGCGCUGAUGGUAAACCUACAACUGAUCCACAUGUUGCUUUUGAUAAUGCACUUCUUAUGCCAUUGGGAGGAACGGAGGAACACUCGGGAUAUAAGGGUUAUGGUCUUGCAACAAUGGUGGAAAUUUUAUGUGGCAUUUUAAGUGGAAGUCAAUUUGGACCGAAUAUUAGAGCGUGGAGAAAGAGUGAAAGAGCUGCCGAUUUGGGACAUUGUUUUAUUGUCAUUAAUCCAGAAGUAUUUUGCCCUGGCUCUAAGGAUCGUUUGACACAACUUGUUGAACAAUUGCGUCAUCUUCCACAAGCUGGCGAGAAAGGGAUAAUGGUUGCUGGUGAUCCGGAGAGAAAUUCAAUGGCAAAAGUCGAUGCAAACGGUGGCAUUAUGUAUCAUGAAAAUCAAAUUAAGCAUGCUGAGGAAUUUGCUAAGGAAAUUGGAGUUAAACCAAUGAAACUGAUUUCAAAAAUGGGUACAAAGUGUUGAUAUUUUUAGAUACUGUGUACAAGUAAAAGUCUAUACAAAAAAUUAAAGAGAUCUAUUUUUAUUAUAUCUGACAUAAAUUAUUAUUUUUAAUAAAAUUUUUAAUGAUCUUUGUUAUUUCGUGUAUUUUAAUGUUCUCGUAACUUGUUAAAAUGAAUUUUAUUGAAGAUGUAUAUUUAUUAAUUGUAUAUGUGUAUUAAAAUUUUAUAGAAUAUAUAUUUUUCAGCGA